CUCUUCUCUUCUUGCUAAACCCAAAGCUUUGGCACGUGGAAUGACAAAAAAUAAAAUUAAAUAAAUAAACUACUGCCGACGUGUCCAGCCUGACGUGGACACGGCGUUCUGCUUCUCUUUUGAUUUUGUCUGUUUGUUUGCUGAGAAAAGUUCUACAUUUUUUCCCCUCGAUUUCUCAUGGCUGUUUUUUCUGUUUGAUGAGAAGAAAGUAUGGGAGUGAGGAGUUACCUUCGUUUCCUCGUGCAUCUCUGCCAUUGAUUUUCUUUGUUAGAAAAGUACAAUUAUGUUUCUCUGUACUUUCCCUUUUCUGGGUUUUCUAAUUUAACUAAGAGAACCAAAAUGAGUUCUCAAAUUUAGCAAAGAGAACACAGUCUUUCUCUGGUUUUCCCAAUUCUCAAUGGUCCUCUGCCUCAACCAAGAAAACCCAAUUACGUUUAAGAUUGAUUUUUCACUUCUGGAUUCAUCUCUCUACGUCUUUCUCAGAGAUUUGGAUGUUUCUGUUUUUUUAACAGAGAGAUUAAGGAGGCUCUUGAAAUUGGCAAAAAUCUGAAGCUUUCAGCUUAAAAAGGAGUUUCAUUUUUUCCACAGGAGGAGGAGAUGGAGUUAAACAAAGAAAACAAGAAACGUCCUUCAUCAGACUCUCUUGUACAGCAAAGUCAAUGGCAACUGCACAAUUCUGACCCCCCAACAGUUGCCUUUGCUCGUUCUAUGGAUCUAAAUAGAGAAAACAAGAAACGUGCUAUAUCAGACUCAUUUUUACAGUGGAGCCAAUGGCAACUGCUCGAUUCUAUCCUUCCAACAGGUGGUUUUGCUCACUCUUUUGGUCUCGAGGCAGCAAUCCAAGCUCGUAUAGUCUCUUGUCCUGAAGAUCUCCAAACUUUUGUAAUCCAUCUGUUGGAGAAUACUGGAAGCUUACUCCUUCCUUUUGUCUAUUCUACAACAAUGUCGCCUGAUUUUGAGAACAGGCGCAAACUCGACAAAAUGUUGGAUGCAAUGUUAACUAAUGAAGUGAGUAGGAAGGCAUCAAUUUCACAAGGGUCGGCAUUGAUGAGGGUGGCUGCAUCCGUGUACUCGGAAAUACCAUCUCUUAAAUCUAUGAGGGAAGCUUCUUUAAGUUCUGGGGUUGUUUCUUUUCACCAUGCCCCUAUGUUUGGGGUUAUAUGUGGUCUGCUCGGGUUGGACAGCGCUACUUCUCAAAGAGCUUACAUGUUUAUUACAAUGAGAGAUGUUAUUUCUGCUGCAACAAGGCUCAAUUUGGUAGGGCCCCUUGGUGCGGCUGUACUGCAGCAUAAGAUUGCUUCUGUUGCUGAAGCUAUACUGAAUCGAUGGAAGGACCGUCCAGUUGAGGAAGCAUGCCAAACUGUUGCUUUGCUUGACAUUGUGCAAGGUUGCCAUGGCUACCUGUUUUCUAGACUGUUCUGUUCUUGAAGUCCCCAAAUAAAUGCAUCAAAUGGUGGAGCCUGCUUGAACUUUUCUUAAUCUUCUUUAGGAAAAGCUUCAUCCAAAGACUGAGGAAGCAUUUAAUUCAAAAUUCUCUUUUCAAGAUGUGGAAGUUCCUAGUUACAAAGAGAAAAUAUGUAUGACUCGAUUUCUUUCUGGUUUUCUUUCAACUCAUGGCAACAAAUACAGAACGGGGAAUUCAAAAAUAAGACCUACAGAGAAGCGCUUAGAUAGAUGCACAUAUUUAUGGCAACAUGUGGCAAACAAUUCAGAACACUCAUGGAAAAUCAGCCACAUAAAAUAUGUCAGUCAACGUAUACUUCACAGAUUUUCUUCCUUUUCAAUUUACUGCUGCUUACAGUAAUUUUCUAAAUUGGAACAAAUCUGUCAGGUUUGGCAAUCCAUAACAAUGACUAGGGUUUAUGGUUUUCUUUCUGGUUUUCUAUAACUUGUGAGAACCACUCCAAUAUCCGCUUUACUUUACCCUCAUUCCUUUUCAUUCAUUCUCGUUAUGAA